AUGACCACUCCCGCAAGUCGACGCAAUGGGAAACCAGCGUCUUGCGAGCCUUGCCGACGCGGGAAAAUCCGAUGCGACCACCAACGCCCCAUCUGUGGACGAUGUCAACACCGCGGCAUCACUGCCAAAUGCUUCUAUCAUCCCGCACCGUUGACCAAACCCCGAGGCGAUGGCAGCGUGCGUCCGCGGCAUGCAUAUAACUCCCUCACACCCUCCACCAUCAACAUCAACAACCCAGGACUCCCAGAUCACCACCAUGCCAGCGUUUCGCCCAACACGGAGGCGGUACAGUACGCGUUGCAUGCCGGCAAUGAAUCUGAUGUGCGCCGGUCUCAAUUCCAGGACAGUGAGGUCAAUCUUCGGCGUCAAGUAGACGAAAUCAUGGAGAUAUUAGACACCCUCCAACACCUGGAAGAAAUUCACCAGCUCAUAUCCUAUUACCAGGCACAUGCACAAGUGGCCUUGGUUCCCUCUCCCAUCAUGCUGUAUGCAACCAACAAGCUCUUCGACAUCUCGCGUGAAAUCUCAUCACAUCAAGCCGGCGGCGAUACUGGAGCGAUACGGAAGCUCGCCAACGAUAUCCUAAACAACACCUCUACGCCCGUGGUGGUGCACCCAAAUCUGGACUUUGAAGCGUUUGUCGACAUGCUCACAGGCAGGGACCUGCGUUUGGAGAUGCUGGGUAUCGUCUUCACCGUCGCCGCCCGCGCCCGUGCGUGCACGCUGCCUCGUCAUGGAGGCGAACUCAACGAUCGACUGUUAUUUCACCUCUUCAAAGCCGGCCAUGCUUGUCUCAUCCUAUCCCGGGAGCUCGCACCGACGGUGAAUGAUGUGAUGAUCUGGUUAUCAUUUGAGAUGACCCGACUCCACACCAACGCGCAGGGCGACUCCAAUCCCAAUGUCUGGAGGUCAAUGGGCGAUACAAUUGCAGACGCUUACAUCAUGGAGCUACAUCGCGAGGCCAAGGUCGCUGAGAACGCCCCUUUCUGGCUCGCCGAGUGUCGGAGGAAGAAUUGGGCGACAAUCUACCAUUGGGAUAAGUCCGUCGCCACAUAUUUCCAACGCCCGCCACGGGCAGGGAAACGCUAUACCGACUGCGAACUUCCCCUAGAUCUGGAAGACCACCAAUUAUGCGGCAGCCCCGAAAUCUUACAUGCAGCACGCAACAAACUCACAUCCGACGGGUGGAAUCCUGAAGGAGCAUAUUGUUCCUCAACAUGGUAUCGUCUACGAUGUUUAGCCAGCAGAUUAGUGGAAGAACAAUGGGAAUACCGAUAUCGAAAGCUCGAGAUGGAAGAUAUCCCUUCUCUGGAACAGCUGGCGGAAAGAUGCCAGGCCGUCCGCGCCUCUUUUCCCGACUGUCUCCAAUAUAAUCCCCGGAUGUGGGAGUCCGGAAUCCCACCUUCGGCAUGUUUGAUGCUGGCCAUCAUUUGUCUGAUGUAUUUGCAUAAUGACCUGCAGGUGCAUAUGAUGUUGAUGCGUCUGGAUGCUGCGGCGUAUACUGGUACCGCGCUCAAGAUUGCGUGUCAGAUUGUGGGCACCACCAAUCAUUUCGGCCAAAUGCAAGAACGCGAUUACUUUAUGAAAUACGACAAUGCAUAUGUAUUACUAACCUACGCCCUCCCCGCCGCCUCAAUCCUCAUCCCCGCCCUCUCCGAAAAACGAGCCCUCCCUCUUUCCAUGAGCCGCUCGAAACUCAUCCGGGAAAUCUCCGUUUUUAUUGGGUAUUUGGAGACGAUUUGUAAAGUGGGCGAACCGAAUUAUACUGUUUGUACGCAGCUUGCACGAGUUUUUUCUGGGGCUUUGGAUGAGAUUUUGGAGCCUGGUGGUGGGGGUGGUGGUGAGGGUGGUGAGGGUGGGGAAGUUGGUAUGAGGAAUAAUGUUACUGCUAAUCCUACGGUUUGUGAUGGUGAUGGUGGUGCUCCUGGGGAAAUGGCACCUUCUUCAGGAAUUGAUUUCCACAAUGGUAGUAAUAAUUUCCAUUUGAGUAGUAGCGGUGCUGGUGGUAGCGGUGCUGGUGGUGGUAUGACUACGAAUUCUACUACUACUACCACCUCGGAGGGAAUGGGUUUCCUGGAGAAUUUUGAUUUGGAAGGGUGGAUGCAGAGUGUGGAUUGGAGUGGUAUUGGGGGGGAGUAUACUUUUUGA